ACCCUCGGCUCAAUUGUUUGUUUCAUGGCGUAGGCCCACAGCGAUCUACUUCGUCCCCCGUCUCUGCUCCCCAUCCCCCCGCCUCCGCCUCCGCCACCGCUCCCCGCCGCCGGCCGAUGGAAGCCCCGGGCUCCCCCUACGCCUCCUCGCCGGAGACCGCCCCCAAGCGCGCGCCCCGCUCCCCGCCUCCUCCGCAGGAACGCCCCGAGACGCAACCCGAGGCCGAACCCGAAGAUGACAAGGAGAAGCCAACACAUUUGAGGUUUCUGGUGUCCAAUACGGCAGCAGGAUGCAUUAUUGGCAAGGGUGGCUCAACUAUUAACGACUUUCAGUCCCAGUCUGGAGCUCGUAUUCAAUUAUCACGUAGCCAUGAGUUUUUCCCUGGUACAAAUGACAGAAUCAUCAUGGUCUCCGGACUGUUUGACGAAGUAAUAAAGGCCAUGGAGUUGGUUCUCGAGAAACUUUUAGCAGAGGGAGAGGAAUUCAAUGAAGCAGAAGCUAGACCUAAAUUUAGACUCGUAGUUCCUAACAGCUCUUGUGGUGGAAUUAUUGGUAAAGGAGGUGCAACAAUCAAGGCAUUCAUUGAAGAUUCCCAUGCUGGAAUUAAGAUUUCACCACAAGAUAACAACUUCGUUGGCCUGCAUGAUAGGCUUGUUACUAUCACAGGACCCUUCAACAAUCAGAUGCGAGCAAUCUAUUUGAUAUUAAGCAAGUUGUCUGAGGAUGUUCACUACCCACCUAAUUUGAGUUCCCCAUUUCCAUAUGCAGGCCUUGGUUUUCCAAGCUACCCUGCUCCUGUUCCUGUUGGGUAUAUGAUUCCACAGGUGCCAUACAAUAAUGCUGUGAACUAUGGGCCUAAUGGUUAUGGUGGAAGGUACCAAAACAACAAGCCUGGUACACCUGUAAGAUCGCCUGCUACUAAUGAUGCCCAAGAAUCGCACACCAUUGGUGUUGCUGAUGAACACAUCGGUGCUGUUGUAGGGCGAGCAGGGAGGAAUAUAACAGAGAUCAUUCAGGCUAGUGGUGCCAGGAUCAAGAUAUCAGAUAGGGGUGACUUCAUAGCUGGCACAUCUGACAGGAAAGUGACGAUAACUGGAACACCAGAGGCUAUUCAGGCAGCCGAAUCCAUGAUCAUGCAGAGGGUGUCAGCCAGUUCGGAGAGGUGAUGAAAUCUCAUGGAGAUGGAGUGUGUCCUUGCAAGUGUUAGGUGGACUGGGAAUUUGUUUUUGCUCCCUAGCUUUAGUAUUAUCCGCAAAGCUUGAGAAAUUUAUGAUGAUUGUUGUUUAUUCCGACCGAUUGUGUUAGUAACCAGUGAAUUAGUUGUCUUUUUCUUCCCGCUGGGAUAGAAUUAUAUAUCUCAACAGAUUUGACUAUCUCCAUAACACCAAAACUAUGUUGGGAGUUUUGACAUUUCCUGGAGGAGAUGCAGAUUGUUGCUAGCCUAA